GGGAGGAUGGGGUACCUGUGGUGUGGUCAACUCAUACGCGAAAACACGAGAUAUUUUGUUGACAAAGCUUGCUUUAAAAUAUGCAGUCUAUCGAAUGCUCCAGGCUCUAUUUGCAUAUCACACGCUGUCACUUAUUUCUUUAGAUUAGUCGAAUUUCGUUCUUCGUUUCGCUUAGUGUUUGCGUUAGCAUACAAUUAAUGAUUAACGAGUUUUAAAAAGCCGUUUUAAAUCACUCGUCUCUCGCCUGACAAAUAUAAACACAGCAUGGCGGAAAGAAGAAAAUAAGCUUCGGAAUAGAGCUAGAACAACAACAAUCGCGAAUAAUCCUUCGUUAUUUUGAGUGAGCUGGUGGACUUGCGAAGAAAGAUAUAGCCUUUAAUUAAGGUUUCACGAAUAUUGGAUAAGUAACUCUUUUAUAUUUGCCACUUGUUGAAUUUAAAAAUGAUGGCUUUACAAAGCGACCAAAGUAUCGAGAUGAAUCAAAUAGUUCAACCUCUUCACACGAACCAAAAGGACAACAAACUGAGCGGAGGUCAACUUCUCAAAUGGAUGGACGCGACGGCUUGCCUCGCAGCCGAGAAACACGCUGGCAAUGCUUGUGUGACAGCAUCGAUGGACGAUCUUCACUUCGAUCAAGACAUCACUAUCGGCCAAGUAGUCAACCUCAGGGCAAAAGUGAACAGAGCGUUUAAUACCAGUAUGGAGGUCGGCGUGGUUGUCAGCGUCGAGGAUUUGAUUACUGGCGAAAAGGGGGAAGUUAGCAGGGGAUUUUUCACGUUUGUGGCUUUCGAUGCGAAGCAUAAUAAGGUCCAGUUGAGUCCAAUCGACCCAGUCACGGAAGAGGAGAGGUUACAAUACGCGCUGGCUAGCGAGAGGCGGAGAAUGCGUAUUCGACACGGGACGGACUUGAAAGAGAUGACCGAGAAACAACUAUCGAAUAAUGCGUCCCCUGCCAAGGUACAGAGCGGGGUCAAAGUGCGAGAGACGUUGAUACAGAGUGUGGAACUCGUGCUUCCUCCACAUGCUAAUCAUCACCAGAGCACAUUUGGAGGGCAGAUUCUUGCAUGGAUGGUAACCCUGUGUUCUAUUGCCGCGACAAGACUAGGCCGGACGCAUGCGCAGUUACGAAGCGUGGAUGAGGUGAAGUUCCGUGGGCCUUCGCGCGUCGGCGACAGGGUCGUCAUCAGAGCUAUCGUCAAUAACACGUUUGAAAAUAGUAUGGAAGUUGGAUGCAGGGUGGAGGCUUACGCAGUCGGCGGAGAAACGAGGCAUAUCAACAGCGCUUUCUUCACAUUUGUUGCUCCGGAUUCUAACGGAAGUGCUAAAACACUUCCGGUCGCCAUACCGGAAACGGAAGACGAGAAGAGACGUGCAGCCGAGGCGGUCGCGAGGAGAGAGAUUCGUGCGCAGAGGCGAGCAAUCCGACAGUCCAUCGGUCCAGUUAUUUCCAUUCCGUGGAGUCCUACAAAUAGCCAAAUGCUGAAUUAUAACAACAUUGAAGCGCUGACGAGACUCUAUGAGCAUACCGGGUGGGAACUGGUGAACAGCGUCCAAGGCGUGACCCUUUACAAGCGGGAGAUCUCGGGGUUCCUGUGCGUUAAAUCAGAAUUCGUCGUAGACUGUCCUGCGUGUAAAGUCUACGGCUUAAUGUGCAACGAAGAGCACCGAAAAGAGUGGGAUCCCUUCUUCGCAGACUCGAAAAUUAUCGAGGUAGUCGAUCAAGACGAUGAUAUUUACUAUUUUUUCCUGGAAAAUCCUUUGGGUGCUGCCACUAGUUCCGAUGACCCGCCUAAGGUCCUCGAGAAAAAGGAAAAGCCGAAGUCGUCCGACUCAUCCUCCGAGAGCUCUUCGAGAAAACCUAACGACAUGGUUGUGCUAGUUUCUCGUCGUGCCCCCUCCGACUCCAAAGACCACUACAUUAUCGCUUACCGGUCAGUCACGCACUCGGCUGCACCCCCCGUCCCGGAGCACAAUAGAGUGGAGAAUCUAUGCAGCGGAUGGCUGAUCAAGGGGGUCCCUGGUGAACCCAAUUGCACAACGUUGACGUAUAUAAACCAGAUGACGCGAGAGCUCACCGAGUAUGUGAUGGCGGACUUGGGCAAGGGAACAGCGGUGUACGCAUCGCGGGCUCACAUGUUGAUGGGCUUCCUGAAGGAGAAUCAGUCGAGUGAGAGGUCUGGGCUACGGCGGCAGGAGGCGUGGUGGUGAACUGUCACCAGUGUCACGCAAUGAAAUGUCACGAAAGGCUUCUUACUCCCAUCAGAUAAGAAAAUUUGUAAAAUACACCUUUUGAUUUACUAGUUACCUGAUACCCAGAAAACCGGAUGCGAUUCCCGAUGUAUGCGUUAUUAAAGCCCAAAUAAUCCUCCCCCACUUCUUACCGGGUCUCCUGUGCUCGUCGUUGAACCGCAAAGAAAAGGGAGAUCUGGGACGAGCUUAGCUUCACAACUCUUGCCAACCAAUACACGGAAUACAAGCGACUAGAUUACAGUUUGCCGAAUUGUAACUUAUGCAGUUUUUCAAAAGCUUUACUUACGAUAAUACAUUGGCAUGUUUUGAGUAGUAUACAACAUAAUUUGUGUUCACAAUGUGUUCACACUGAGAAAUAGCUCUCUCCCUCAGCUUUUAAUACAAACUACUACCAAACCAGGCGGGAACCCAGGAUUUGCUGAUAGUGGGGUGGGGAGGGGGUUGCGCAGUCAAAGGUAGCAUAUGGAAAAAAAUAAUACAUUUCUGUCGAUGAAAUGUAAUGAUAGAGGCAGAAAUGUUUAUUUUGACGGCAUGUGAAUAACACGUAGGAAUGUGAAGAAGUGCAGUAUGGGUAGGAGUAUAUAAGGUGAGACAUAGUAUCGUGCUAGUGUCUCUCUAGCCAGCUCCUCUGUUUAAGCCAUAUUGACUUUUGCUAUUUUUUUUAAUGUAUUUUUUUAACCUUUUCUUCGGCUCUUAAAAGCCCCGAGAGCACGCAAUGCUGAGCAUUGGUUCUGGGAACACGGUCCAGAGUUUUUUCAACAGGGUUUUUAUCUCUGGUUUACGUGUCCGGCUCAGUAUUAACUUCUUGUAAAUAUAAGUUAGGUGAUUAUAAUAUUGCACCUUUUCAGAUUGUAAUUGUAUUGGACAUUUAGCAGUGUUUACUGCUGGUCAGAUUGUUUUGCAUUGUAAUGUUUAUUCAGCAGUGAUUACUGCUAGCUGGGCGCUGGCUACAUAUCCAAAAUAAACAGGAGUUCUCCUGAA